GCUUCAUGAAGGGCACUUAGGUAUUGUGAAAAUGAAGGCACUGGCUAGGAGUUGCUGUUGGUGGCCAAGGAUAGACAGCGAUAUAGAAAGUAUUGCCAAGUCUUGCGCAGGUUGUCAAUUAACACAGAAAGAAGCACCUAAGUCACCAUUACAUCCCUGGGAAUGGCCAUCUAAAGUUUUUGACCGUAUUCACAUAGAUUACGCAGGACCGCUUAAUGGCACAAUGUAUCUGAUUGUCGUCGAUGCACACUGAAAAUGGCCGGAGGUCUUAGCAACUAAAGAGAGUACAUCCGCAAAAACUAUCACACUUUUGAGAGGUGUCUUUGCAAGAUGUGGCCUACCCAAACAACUAGUAUCUGACAAUGGAACACAGUUCACGUCACAGGAAUUCCAGGAGUUUAUGAAAUCUAAUGGUAUCCGACAUACUAGGUCAGCCCCGAACCAUCCUGCUACUAACGGUUUAGCAGAGAGAUUCGUCCAGUUAUUUAAAGGAGCUUUAAAGUCAGCCAGGGGAGAGAAGCUUUCCAAACAAGUGAAAUUAGAGAACUUUCUACUAGCAUAUCGUAACGCACCUCAUGCAACAACGGGUGAAAGCCCAGCAAGAUUAUUCUGUGGUAGAGACCUUCGUACAAGAUUGGACAUCAUGCGACCAGACACGCAACAGGUUGUCAUGGAAAGACAGGGUAAACAGAGAGCGACACAUGGUAAAGAAAGAAAUCUUGACAUUGGACAGAAAGUAGUUGCACAUGAUUAUCGAGGUAAAGAUAAAUGGAUAGCUGGUGAAGUUACAAAAAAAAAUGGUCCACUAUCUUAUGACAUAAGGACACAGGAGGGUGGAACUUGGAAGCGGCACAUUGAACAACUUCGAGAAACUAUGGCUGAUGAACAGACUGAGGAGAGUAUUAUGCCAACACAAAGAGUACCACAGUUUGGAGAACCAGCAGCAGUUCCGGUGAUGGAGGCACAACGUGAAACAGACAUGGAAAUGAACAAUGAACAAUGUGUGACUGUAAAUGAAAGUAAACUUAGACGAUCUAAAAGGAUAGUUAAAAAACCUAAACGAUUGAUAACAGAAAUGUACUGA